GAAAAAAGGACGAGAAACUUCGGAAAAUGUUCGUUUGAAAGUGUUAUUACAACGAAAGAAAAACAAACAGCUGCGUAACAUUUCGAAAUCAAUCAACAGAAGCAAAUUCAACAAGCAAUGGCAAUAAAUACGAAUUCAGGCGUCAAAGCGACAGCACCAUCAUCGUCAUCGGCAGCAUCAGCAAUGGCAUCGGGUGUUGCGUCGUGUAGCACCGAUGACUUGAUCGAAUUAAAUAUACUGCAAAAGAAACCGGCCAUCGCCGCUGCAACGGCAACUGCAACCGCAACCACAACACCAAUUCUGAGUAGUACACCAAUUCUCCAAAAGCGCAAAGGUGGCUCAAAGCGUCUUCAAUUCACAACGCCUGAAUUUAGUGUCAAUCCAAUUGUUACUGGCCCUGGCAUCAACACACGGCUAAUACCCAGCCGAAGACGCGAAGAGGCAAUUGUAAUGGCAAAUCUACGGAAACGAGUGGCAGCAUGUGAUUUAGAGCGCAGACGACCCAUAAGCGAAGAAUCAAAUCCGGAUGAACUAGAUAACCGACCGUUGUUGUCAAAGCAGUCAUUUCCCAAUCGUGAUUCAUACAAUGAGCAAGGAAGUGUUAGUGUUGCCGGUGACGAAAGUCCCAAAUCGAUCAGCAGCUUUGUACAGGAUAAGGACUUUAUACUCGACUGCCUGUGUUGGCACAACGAAUAUCGCGCUCGACAUUCAGCCCAAGCACUCACCGUAUCACCCGAAUUAUGUGAUGCAGCGCAAAAGUGGGCAAAUCAUUUAGCAGCAAUGAAUGAAUUCUACUAUCGGCCAGCAAAAACGCUUGGGCAAAAUUUAUUUUGUUGUCCAUGUAGUGCACUGGUUACGGAUUUGACAGGUCAAGAGGUGGCUUCGUAUUGGUACAGCACGGUACGGCGAUACAACUAUUUCAAAGAUGUGGGACUAUUGCACACCAAUGUCAAUGCCGGACACUUUACUCAAAUGGUUUGGUUGAAAACCAAAUAUUUUGGCAUUGGCAAAGCCACAUCACAAACCGGUAAAAUAUUCGUGGUCGCAUUCUACUAUCCACCAGGGAAUAUUGUGAAUGAAUUCCAUCAUAAUGUCCUGCCACCAAUGUUGGAUCACUCAUCCGGGUCACCUAAACCUACGGACAGCAGUACACUGAUAGCAGCUAAGCCAUCGGGUUCAAGACGACAAAAAUAAUUAUAAUCAUUCAUCCCGUUUAUUCAAAAACAUAAUCGCGCUUCUGUAUUCGCAAAACCAGUCAAAACAAAUUCGUUUUUUUUUGCUCAACUUUUAAACAUUCAUUCGAUUCGACAGAACAAAAAAUUACGUUGAAUAUAAAAUGGAACCAAUGCCUUUGUUUUGUUACGAAAAUUAGCAUUUUAGUGUUAGUUUAAGGAGACGAAAAAGUAACAUUGCACCGUUCAUAGUCGCAAUUUGCACGCGCCUUAUUUUCCUCAUUCAAAUACCAAUUUGCUUCCGAUUGCAUAUUAAAAAAAAAAAAAACUUAGUUAGACCAUUCAAUGAUAGGAAACAAAUAGAACAAAAUACAAUCAAAAUAUUACGUUCGACGAAUUAAACGACGACAACAACAACAAAGUAAACAUGGAACAGCUGACACACAAUCAUCGAGUCAGUAUGGCAAUAGAUGAACUUGAAAUACAUAUACAUGAAAAUCCCGUCCAAAUAUAAAACAAAACCAAAAUAAACGUAGACAUAUUUUAUAAGAUAGAUCGUUACGAAUCAAAGCAUGAAAUCAAAUAUUGAUCAAAAUGGAAGUGAAAACUGAACACAUGCAAUAAUGCGAUCAAAAUUAAAUGAUAUGACAAUGACAAAAUCAUCAGAACAAAACACCCAUAGAUUUUAAUCGAUUCCAAUUGCUUGUGAGCUUCCAAUGAAACAGAUGAAACAAAAAAAAAAACAUUUAAAUAAAAUUUUGUUCAUUUUUUCUUGUAAAAAUAUUGAUAAAUCGCUUGGAAAAUUCACGAGGCUUAAGUUUGUUUAUCCCUCCAUCGCCUUCAGUGUAGUAAAACCGAAUGAGGCAGAGGCAUUUAUAUCACAUGCCCGCUCUCAGUUGACAUUGAUCAGAUGAUAUGGAUAGUUUCUUCCAUAUAUUGAGCAAAUAACACGGAAAUGGUUGUGUAUUUUUGUUAAUUGUUGUUAAUUAACAUAAGUAAUCUUAAUGAAAUUAUAAACCAAACAAACGCAAUUGCAUUUUUGGCUUGAUUCAUUGUGUCAUCAAUUCAAGACGCAUAUUUUUUGAUAAUUGUACGCCCAAUUUACAGGGAAAUAUAUUGUCUUGACCUUCCCCAUUUUCAAACCAACCAACGAAAAUUGUGACAUUGUUUUCGGGUCGUUUUUUUCUCUUCUUCUUCUGUUGUCCAUGCUUCAUACCGCGUUUCAAGCCUUGCCGUUUCACAACGGCAACAUUUCGACUCAUUUUGGACAAUUUAGUGAAAAUAUGAACAUUGAACGUCAAGGCCAUGGAUAUUCUUGAAAUGCUCUGACCAUAAAUUGAUUAUGACAUUUAAAUUAAGACUUGAAUCGGAUUUUAUUUCAUUGAAUAAAUGGAAAAAUGGCAAAUUGGAAUAUAGAGCGAAGCUAUGAUGCUAUGAAAGAGAUAAUUAGAGGAAGAGAGAAAGAGAAGAUUGAGAGAGAGUAACCGUCUCAUAAAAAGAGUUUUAGUCAAAUUAAUGAUCGGAGCUUGUCAAGAAUUUGGCUCACCUUCAUUCCAGUAGAGAAAAAACACAGUCUGUUUGAAUUUAUGACCUUUUUAAGAAUUUGAACCAAUUUUGACUUCCACAAUAACAACAUACAAACAAACAAACAAACAAACAAACAAAAAAAACCAAACGACAACAACAACUGGGCUCAAUAAACUCUACUACUUUUCAACUGUACUUCCACAAUUUUAUGAAUAAACCACAUAGGUAUAUGUAAUCAACGUAUACAAUUCCAAUUACGGUAAAUCCGAUUAAAAGUAACGUUGGCUAACAUUUUAAUCAAGAAUUCCAUGAAAAAUCCAAACAGAAACAUAGAAAAAAAAGAAGAUUCCAAAGAAAAACCAUUAAAAAUUUCGAUCGCAUUGACACCAUUUGGUGAGAUAAGGGUAUAUUUUUCCAUUUGAUCAUCAUAAUUAAAUAAAUUGUUGGAUAAUGAAUUUGAUUUCGAUUGUUAAAAUGUUUUUAAUAUUAAGUGCUUGGCAAUCAAAAUGCUCUGAUAAUGUUAAAACAAUUUUAUUGAAAGCUAGUGAACGCAAAAAACAUACACAAACAAAAACGAAAAACGAACAAAGGAAGUGAGCGGAAAUGUAAUGACAAAUUGAUUGUUUCAAAAUAAAAAAAUAUUUCCGAUUCUAUUCAAAAUUGAGCAGAUAUUAACUGCGACCGCAUAAAGCAAAUGGCAUCAAGAUAAACACAAAUGAAAUGAAAUGAAUUGUAUGAAAUAUGGACAUGUGAAUGUUUGUUUUUCUUUUUCAUUUUCAAAUUUGAUUAUGAGACUAUUUGCCUUGGCCAUUUUGUGUGUUGGCAAUGCUCCAAGCGGAGUAGCUAUGGACUAGCUCCUUCUCAACAUUGAAACACUUCAAAUAGCACAAGAGAAAUCGUUUUGUUUUUUUCUCUCCCUAAUCUGUCUAUGCCAAUGCUUGCAAAAAUGAAUGAAAAAUAGAAAUAGCCCAGAAAAAAGUUGCACAUUUCAAUUAUUUGGGAAUGUGCUUGGAUACGGUAUAGUUUUUUUCUCUUGUUUUUUCGGUCUCCAGACAGACAAUGAGCUUCACUUGAAUCGAUUUGUCUUCUGUCGCUUUUCAUUUUCGUUGUUUUUUUUUCAGGCAUUCAUAAAAAUUGGCAAUGACAACGAAUAUACAUAUCCAAAAUGAUUAUUAUUAUUACGAACAUGAACACAAAAUCGAUCUUAAUUCAGACUGUGGAAAAAAAACCGCAAUCUCUCGUAGUUCAAGCGCCAGAAAUCCCCCGCAACUUUAAAUACUGGAAGUAUUUAAUCCAACACAUUUUUUUUAUUCAGUUUUUUUGCGUGGCAGUUGUAAAAUAUUGCCAUCGGAAAAAUGUUUUCGAUCUGAAGCUGCAUUUCAAUCUGACAGCAAUAUUUAUUUUUUGAACAAUGUAACUUAGAUUCAUAGAGAUAUUCAUGCUUCCGUUUCAAUCAGCGUACAAUUUUGCGAGAAAAACGAACGAAUUCGUUGGAAAUGUUUCGAAGGUCUGUGAUUUAAUUACUAUUUAACAAAAUGUGCAACGAAAUGACACGAAAAAUUCGAUUGUUAGUCCUUCUUAAAUGAAGGUUUGAAUAAAAAAAAAAAAACUAUUGGCCCCAAUAUAGCGAUUAGCGGUUGAUUUUGAAACUCAUUUAUUCUGAAAAAUUGUAAAGUGAAAACGGUAACUCAUGUACGUAAUUAAGAUAAGAAGAAUCGACUAUCGGAACUCUAUAUUUAGCUUAUAAAUAAAAGAAAUUGUAGUCAUCAUGCAGAAAAUAUUUUAUUAAUCACUCGUACAGAAAAUUUCGAUUCGAUUUGAAUUUUUUUCCUUCGAAAUUUCGGUUUCCUUUCAUUAUGUGUCGAUUAGAGUGAUGCAUCGAUAGAGUUAUUGACAAUUGGACUGAGCUUAAUUCAAAUCUAACAACCUUUUUCGCCCUAACAGGUCUAUAGAACUUUGAACCAAUCAAAUUAUGCAUAAUGUAAAACCAAAUCGCUUGUAUUUUUUGAAUAGUACCAGACAGUUUUGAAUAAAUGGUUAAGACUCAUUACAUAAAUAAAUUGAUGCAACAUU